GACUUGGUAAAUUCCAUUCCCUGUUUCGUUCGAGGUGUUUUCAAAUUCGAAUACCUUUCGUUCGGACUGUUUUGUUUUCGAACAUCUUUCAUUCGAAUCAAACCAAACGUCAAACCCACUUUGUUUAUGAAGGAGUGAAUAAUUUCCGCAGCGGAUGAGCGGUGAACUGCAAAAAUGGAAAAAAACAAAAACAAAACAACCACUAAAAAUCAGUUCGAGCGGAUUGUGCUGCUUCUGGAGCAAGAGCCGGACAUAGCAAAGGGUUUCUCCCGAGGAAAUUCCGGACCCUUCUGGGAUGAUCUGGCGGCAGAAGUCAAUAGUUUGGGACCGCCUAUUCGCGAUGGAAGUGGAUGGAAAAAGGUUUGGGCGGACUAUAAGUCCGGAUUAAAGCGAAAACUCGCUCACAACAAACGGGAGCAGAGGGCGACAGGUGGAGGACCCAAUAAAAUUAUCAAUUUGUCCGAGCUGGAGGAGCAGGCAGUUCUACUAACUGGGUUACUUGCGACCGUGGAAGGAAUCCCGGGUACCUCAUCUCAUGGAACACAGUUGGGUUCGCCUUCGGGUGAACCUCAAGCUGCAGACCAGGAAAAUUUUAUAUAUUAUGGUACUUCCGACGAGUGUGACGGUAUCAAUAAUACCAUUCACUUCCAGCCCUCUCAGCCGAAAAAAUCCAGACCUUCUACCACGAGGCUAUUAGAGCUGCAAGUCGAGCAACAAAACAAAUUUCACACCAAUGUGAAAUCCCUGUUAAAAAACACAAACAAGAAUUUGAGUGAUCUGGUUCAUUAUCAGCGCCAAUCAGCUCGAGCGAUUCUUUCCGUGGAUGCCACACUCAAAGAACAUCUGAGUGAACAAAAACGACAUAACCACGAGAUGGAGAAGAUCGCGCCGGAGAAAUCAAUAGCGACAAAUCCUUGAAACGCAGAUUGCGUAUAUUUCAGAACAUUAGAAUAAUGUUUCAAAAUAUCAGUGAUCUGAUUUUUUAUCUUUAUAUUGUAACUCAAGUAUAAAAAAAUGAAAAAAGUUCUAAUCGUAUUUUUAUAUCUUUCCAUGGAAGAAAAAUCUUACUUAAUUUUUUCUUUGAAGUUUGUUUGGAAUAGCAUCAAAAUUAUAUAAACUUUUUUAAAAUUCACGAAUUUCGCCUAUAGUUUAUGGAACUUCCUUAACCCCUUCACGUACAACAUUGAACUUCACUCGUUGUUUCUCGAUGUGAAAUAAUUACAUAGCCUCAGGCAUAUGAUGAGGAUACCGACAACUGAAGAUUAUCAAAUU